AUGAAUAUACAAAAUAAGGGAAAAACCAACUGUGGCGGUAGGGAUAUGGAAGCGAUUCGGAACUGUCGUGAUGUUUCGCUUACAGUGGAUGUUGAUGAAGCAAGUGGCGCCACUUCACUGAAUGGAACCACAAGAAUGGCUACAAAUAAGGACAACAAGAUCUGCAGAAAAUCAAACCAAAAAAUAUCUUUUACCAGAGAAAAUAUAUUCGGAGACGGCCUUUUUAGAGCGGCAAGCUUGCACAUAUAUGGGCAUCAAGAUUCUCAUGGUCAGCUGAGACAAGAUGCCGUCAAAUAUAUACUGGAAACUGCAGGCGAUUUUGAGAUUUUAAAACCUGUCAUUGCAAAAAACGAUAAUGAUGUUGAAACUGUGGAUUCUCUAAGUAAGCAUGAACUUGCAGAAGAUAAUGGUGAGGUUGCAGCUAAAUCUGAAACCAGCUUAUGUGUCACAUGGAUUGAAAAUGCACUGAAACGUGCGUCCACUAAAGGAGAGAGUACGGAUAAAAUGGGAUCAGGAAACUAA